AUGGCAUCUCUAAGAGCGUCGGGAACAGCUGAAGAGUACGAUGAGCGGACUCAGUUGCUCACAGAGUUGGCAAACCUUGACGAAGAAAAAAUGGUCAAAAAGCAGGAAGAUAACAAGUGUACUGAUGAUAAGGAAACCCAAGGCAAAGCGAUCCGUCAGGCUGCAAUGGAAAAUCUCAAGGUUAAGAAACAAAAAGGCGACCUGGAUGUGGUUGGUCAUAAUGAGGAUAAUCAUGACCAUUGCAAUAAAACUGAAAAUUGCGACAACAUACCGCCAACUAAGAAGCGCCGUACUGAUUCAUCAGCAGAUUACGUCAGUUACCUGAAAGACAGGUUGGCCUUCGAAAAAGAACGCUUUGAAUUAGAAAAGAAAGAGCGAGAAGCUCAAAUUGAGAAAGACAAACAUAUGAUGGAGAUGGUUAUGUCUUUGGUUAAAAAGAAAAACUGA